AUGACAACUCUACCACCAAUUCAGCCACGUCCGAUUCUGUGUAAAAAUUCAACCACAAAUCAUACUCAAUCAUCGACAUCAUCAUCAUCAUCUGUUUUUCUUAUCCAUGCAUCUAAUCAACCUUCACAUGCAGUCAACACGAAUUUUUAUUCAACAAAUACUGAUUCAGCCAAUCUUCAUAAUAAUAAUAAUAAUUCACCUCAAACUCCCUUGUCUGUUUCUACUCCAUCAGCGCCGUUAUCCUCCUACGAAGAAUUUCUCAAACGUCUUAAAGAAUUUCAUCGAUGCCGGCAAACAACACUUCGUAGUUUACCGACAGUUGCUGGCCAAGUUGUUGAUUUGCAAGCAUUAUACAACACUGUUCUUGCGUAUGGUGGCUGGGAAAAAGUCAACGAUCGGCAACUAUGGUCAUCGGUUGCGAAUCAUUUUGGCAUCGAUUCCACGUGUCUGAAUGGAACGCAAGCUUUAAAGAAUAUUUACAUUCGAUAUUUAUACGCAUUCGAAAAAAUCAGUAAUGGUGAAAAUAUCGAUUCACGUGAUGAUGAUGAUGAAGAUUCCAAACGACGUAAUGUUUCUCAUAUGCAACGUGUGCCACAAUCAUACAAUCAUUCUCAACAUAAUGUUUCCGACUCUCUACGUGUUCAAUAUGGUCUUUUUCGUGAUUUUGUUCGUCGAAGUGAAUAUGAAAAACUAGAAUUAGCUUUACUCUGUGGUUUUCCAAAUGAACUCACAUUUUCCUUAAACACACUAUUGUUAUUAUCGUCAACGACGAAUAGUACGACAGCGUUUCAUCUCUGCAAAUGUCCACGUCUAUUAGAUAUUCUCUUUCGUCAUAUUGGUUUGUUCUCCUCGACUGACACAUCCGCCAGUGAUCAUUCAUUGCAACUUUUCUAUGAGAAUAUCUGGUCGAAGCACUUAGACUAUCGUAUGGAGCAAUUCUGGAUCGAUUACUGUCCAUCGAAUAUCGUGAAGCAAGUUUUAAAUAUCGAUACAAAUAAUUCUUCAAAGUAUUUAUACAAUAAUUUCAAUUCGAAUUCCAAUGAGUAUCAACAACAGCAAGAACUUCGUAUCGAACAAAUUCUCAUGAUUAUACGAAAUCUCUCUUUCGAUCAGGCCAACGCUCUUUACUUAGUGGAAACUUUACGCACCUCGCCAUCAAUAACUUACAUAUUUCUAUUGUUAAUUUCGUAUUGUGACACGAAACUUGAGUUACAGAAAUAUGCGUUCGAUAUCUGGACUAAUUUAGCGUUAUAUAUGCAUUUACGUUCGAUUAGUACUGACGAAGGACAUCUUAUUCGACAAUUACUUCACCUAAUGCUGAACGGCAAUGAAGAUAACGAACAAGAAGAUCGAUUGAAAAUCAUCAGAGGACUAGAAAUUAUCGCAAAUUUAGCGCAUGCAGGAAAUGAUAAUGGAAUUUAUCUGAUGGAUUAUAUCGAUAUCAUUAUACAACGACUUAUCCAUGUUUCGGACAUACUUGUACUAGUACAUGCUUUAGAAUGUUUAUAUCAACUAUCGGAAUUAGGAGAACAAUUGUGCAAUGCGAUACUUACAGUGCAAUCGUCGACACCGAUUAUAACGACACUGAUAGAUUUAUUGACCAUCGAAGCGCGAAGUUUUUCUUCUCAGACGAUCAAAACAAUAAAGAUUGUUGAAAUGUCGACAGGUCCUGUACUUCUUCCAUCUUAUCACCAACCACCUUCAAGUCAACAAACAUUGAAUGCUCAUCAAUCUGUCGUCGUGAUCUCAACUACGCAACCACAGCAGCAGCAGCAGCCACAACAACAGACCUAUGCUGUUGAAAACACAGAAAUGAACAAGAGUUAUUAUAGCACAAACAAUCGAUUGAUUCUACAACAACAACAUUCAAAACCAAUCUCAGUAGCAAAUGUGAUUACAUCAGGAAAUCUGUUAGCAGUGACCACGUCGCCAGCGCAGAAUGCAUCCUCAACAUCAAUCAUUGUUGCAAAUGCACAGUCGAACCAAACUAUUGAUCAAAAACGCAAAUAUGACUCCAUUUCGGAAACGAUCGCUGCUGUCGUUAACGGUACUUCGCCUUCUCCAUCUCCAUCGUCGACACCUCCACCACCAAAACGUUCACGUCCAUCUCGGCCACGGGUGACCCCGACAAAAAAUGCUAUAAUUAUAGCCCCCGCACCACCACCACCGCUGCCGCUACCCGCUCGACUUCUUCCAUCUUCGUCGGUUGAAGAAGAUACCAGCAGCAUGGAAAGUACUAGUACGAGUAACAGUAUUCAUUCUACUAUGGCUGAUCUUCUUGAUCGAUGUUCAUCGCCACCUUCAAUCGAACACGAUGUUCGUUCAUGUCUGAAUGAUCUAUGUCAUCGAGCGGUUGUGAGCAUCGAGGACCCAGUCUUAGCAACAUCUAUCGUCUAUAAUUCAAUUCCAUCGCCGGUAUUUAAACGUAAAGUAGAAGAACAAUCACCGUCUAUAAACAAACGCUCAGCUAAAUCCACCAAUCAAAAUGAUGAACAAACGCCAAAGAAAAAACGAAAUCGAUCUUCAGGAAAAAAAGCCGCGAUCGACGUCGCAACACCAGUAAUGAAAAAAGAAGAGCCUAUCGAACCAGAAAUACCAGAUAUUAAACCCACACUGAUCUCUUCAACUGUCAUGACAUCGGCUAAUCCUUCAGAUUAUAUUUGUGAAUGGGAGAAUUGUCGAAAAUCGUUUCCUACAGCUCGUUCUGUGUUUCAUCAUGCUUGUUCAGCUCAUAUCAAAUAUCUACCCGAAUAUGUUUGCUUGUGGAAUGGUUGUGAUCGAAUCAAACGACAAAAAUGGGCCUUAAUCAGCCACAUACAAGAACGUCAUUGUUCAGAAAUUGCCUUUCGACAAGCUAAACAGAAAUCGGCCAUUCCAGUUACGACUUCGUCUACGACAACAACAGCAUCAACAACAAAUGGACCAUCGACAUCAACAACUGUCGGAUAUGCACCAGACGCUGCUUGGCUCGCUGUUCGACGACACAUGCAAGUCACUUCGUUCGAUGAUCUACUAAACAAAGUCAAAGAAGGUCCACUGACGAAAAGUAUUCGGUUAACCGCUGCACUUAUCCUACGUAAUAUUGCUCGUCAUUCAUUGAUCGGAAAACAAAAUCUUCGCCAAUACGAACAACAUCUUGCCAAUUUAGCCUUAGAACCAUCCGAAGCAUCACAUACGAUCAGUUCAUGUUUAUUUGAGCUUUACAAUUGA